AUGGGUGUCGCCCAUGCACGCACAGGUGAAUACAAUGAGGCUCUAGCGCACGAUUUAAAUGCGCUUCAAUAUAACAAAUCGGAAGCAAAAGACGGGCUGUCGUUGAUCCUAUCGUCAAUCGUACAGACUUAUCAAGAGCUCGCAUUGGAUUACUUGCAGCAAGCGAUGGCGAUGCGUCUCGCGAUAAUGCCAGAAGAUCAUCCAGAUCUUUUCACAUCCUACCAGAAUAUUGGCGCAGUCUAUGAAAAAGUGAGAGAACCAGUGCAGGCCACUGUGUGGUACAAAAAAUUGGAGACGAUGUCAGCACGUCGUCUGCCCAAUGGACAUCCGCUACCGCGUUUUUGCACACCUCAAGCUCCGCUUAUUAUACGGUGCUAUGUCCGAUUGGAAGAAAAGCAUAGACUCUUUGCUCCUCGCGGAAAUCAUGGUUCACAAUUCCCAGAGUCUGGAUACUGA